UGUGACUAAUACGUAUCCCGGGGAGGAGGGGGCGCGGCUGGGGGUGCUAAUCGGAAGGGAACAGACAGUGAGUGCCAUCUUGCUGGGAGGUUCCGAAGCAAAGCGCCAACGACGACAGUAGCGGUGGCCUCAGCUCCACCAGUAACUGCCGCUGGCAGGAGCACCACACGCUCUAGGAGUUUCCCGGGUAUCAAGUAUGGGUCCAGCCCGUCCCAGUCAUCCUCUUCCCCUAUGGCUUCAUUCCCGUUGUCAGUACCCCGACCUCAACUUGCAACCUUGAUCUUGGGCUUGAUUACAAAUGACGAAAGACCGCGGCAGCCCUCAAAGUGCGGGAGCGAGCCCGGUACUGGUCAGCGCGGCGGAGGGAUCUUUCCAGGAGGCCCCAAGCCUGUGCAGAGACUCGGUAACAGCUGGCAAGGCCCUGCUCCAGCCACCCUCGCUGGCUCCUUGCCCCUGCAUUCAGCGCCUGGGGGCGUUAUUCGCCCUCUCCCUGCGUCCCACGCACGCGGCUCAAGGAACUCGAUCCCGAUUCCGUCUCCUGUGCUCCCUGAGCCUUCGCCACCUCCGCAGGCGCUCAAGAAAGGCGCGAUGGCCCCAGCUCAGUGCCCGCCAGCCCGAAGAGGACAAGCAGGGCUGGAAGGGACUUAGUUUUGGAAAAAGCAUCCGCCCCCCCCCCCGCCCCCACCAACUCCAAGGAAAAGGAAUUAGUAUCCACCGCAUCUGUUUAACUGCUAAUCGAUCCCAGAUUACAGGCAGGUAGCAGGCUGGUGUCUUUAGAUAUAACAGCUUGAUAAUAACGCUGGUGACAUUAACAACAGCUUGUGGAGGGGAGAGGGUUCUUACUGGUGAAAGUUAAGAGAUUCAAUCUAGGGAAGUAGGAGACUGAACUCUGACAAGGUUAGGGGCACUGAGAACCCCAAUUUAGCAUCGAUGCAUCUACCAGGCAAGAAAAUUUGCGUUUUGACCCAGAACUCAGUCAUGAAGCUCCUUAGAGGAGGUGGAUUCGACCAGCAGACAGAUGUCCCCAAAGUCGAGAGAGAGCUAAGCUGCCUAUUUUCUCUCCAGGUGAAAGACAAAGCCUAGAACACCCCACUUAAGAUGACCACCCCCAGCUCUUUCAAAAAAAAAAAUCCCCCGAAGAGACAGCGUGGUGCCAGCUUAGCAGCAGCUCGGCAGGUUACUGGAAACUUCACCUGGCACCGCAGCCCCCUUUUACCUGACGGCUGCGUCUUCUCCUCGCAAUGGGCUCAUCCGAAUCCGACAGGGUCAGGGAGGUGGAAAGGGAAGACGCUGGCGCGGCAGCGGCGGGGCUCCCGGGGCAUGGUAUUGUUUUAGGGGUCGCCGCCGAGGUCCCUCCUGCCCAUCGUUGAGAACUGCCACCCUGAUCCCAGGGCUCGGUGGACACGGCGGCGGGAGCGGAGAUGCCGCCUCGCCGCUGCUGGGCACGCGGGACGAAAGACCAGAGGCGCACCUCGGAAGGGAGUAGCGCAGCGCCUUGGCGCGGAGAUUUGCGGGCACUGAUGUUAUCUCGAGCGCUCGUUCCUCCGCGGUGACAAUGGAUAACACCAAACGCCCAAGUGACGGCGACAGGUUUCGAACGUACAACUAACUACAAGGUACCCAGCCUGAGACAGUAUGCUGCUUUUCCCCUCCUCCUCCUCUCCCUCCUACCAGGGAGGGAACUAACUUAACCCUGUGUGCGCCUGACACUCCCUAGAGAAGUUGGGAUCGACUAGGAAACCGCAGGCAGCGGCUCCCGGGGGCGAGAGCUUUGUUCACGUGCGUUUCCAGUGGGUGUGUUGCUGUCUAGGGGCACUCGCGUGGCAAGACGCCCGUGGCUGGCUUCCAGCGCCCAGAUUCAAGGAUGGGAAGGAGCCCUAGCGUUUCAUCCGGACAAGACCCAGCCCUCGGAGUCUAUUUUUUGCCUCCAGUUACCGGAUUUAUUGAAGUUGCCAGUGAAGUUGGUUUUAUUCCUUUACUUCUCUGCUCUCCGCCCCCGUCCACAUCCCCCAACCCUGUAUUAUUUCCUGUCCUAGCUGCGCUUUAAAGAUUCGCAAUUCUUCACUCGUUCUAGCUACAGAUUUUUACUGUGUUCCGUAUGCGAGACGAAUUGUGGAGGGCACCCACCCACCCAUGCCGAGUGUAAAUGAAACCGCAAGAAAAGCUGCCUCCCACUCACCCAUCCAGUGUCCAAGUAAGCCUAAUGACACACAUUCACAUAACUAAGAAGACACCGGAAGAUAAGGGUGCGGAGGACGGAGUUUGUUGUGUGAAUGGGAAAUGGAGAGGGAGGGGAGAGCGCGCGCGAGAGAGACAGCGCGAGCCUGAGCCUUAGAAUGGAAUAAACGGGAAACACACACAAGAAUGACGAUGCGAAAAUGUAUCUAAGUCCCAACAUUGACAGCAGCGGGUCAGCUUUAAGCGCCUACGUUUUGAUCCGCGAAAUUUCCCAGCUUUUUUGGAGGCGGUUAGAUAGAGAAUACAGGAGCCUCUGCUUUGGCCGCCCAGAUGCUUUGCGUUUUGUAAACAGCUUUGACUAAGUGCUCUGGACUUCCAAGAAGUUAACUGGAGUGGAAGGCGAGUCAUAUUGUGAAUGCGGAAUGGAAGCUCAGACAAGAAAAAACUGUCAGCAGAGCGCCUCUGCUGUCACCGUUACGCCCAAAUGAGCCAGGACGUCGCUCAGAGCGCAAACUGAGAUCCACACACGGACAUCUUCAACUGAAUCCUUCUUCUGUCUCCAUUCCGGACUGAGGAAAGAAAGAAAGAAAUAUGGAGCCUUUAUAGAGCAUUCAGAGGCUACACACAUGGAUCUUGCUGAAACGGAGUUAUUUAAAAACGGAGAAAGUGUGUUUUCCCAUGAGAUAGAUGUUAUAAUUUCUCUCUGAAACAUACCCAAGUCUAUGGGUGUCAAUAAUAGCCAUUUCAAAUGCCUCUCUGAGCCUUGCCAGCCCCAGAAGAGGCUGUGGGGAUGCUGCUUCCAGCUUCCCCUGUGCAGAACUCUGUUGUAAAUCCUUCUGAGUUUCCAAGGUGGCAGCAGAGCAUAGGGAUAGCUCCUCAAGCUCCAGCAUCAACAAGGAAGAUCACAUUUUAGAACAAAUACUCAUCUACCUGCAUUUAAACAUCCAUUUUCGUAUGUAAGUGUACAUAAGUAUCCGCAGGAGGUUCUUCCUUUGAAAUCUUGAUCCAAGAAAGCAGCAUAAUUAUUUCAUCUUUAAGAACACAUUUUAAAAAGGCAAAGCAGGAUCUUUAAAGCAACAAAGGUUUUGCUUUCUGAUUUAUGCUGCUAGAAAAUGAAUGAGAUUGAAAAUGGGGGAGGGGGUUGUUGCAGAUGUACAGAAUUCAUAUUUUAAAUUAUUGCUGUUUCUAAACCAUGAGCAAACCAUGUUAUGAGUAUGUGCCACCUAUUAAAAGCUAUUGGUUGCAGCUAUUGUAAUCAGGACAAGGAAAAUUAAGUAAGGAAAAAUAUCACGCCAAAGUACAAGCAGAAUCGUUGUAACCAAUUUCUUAUGCACAUGACCUAUGAGUCAGCUUUAGAAAUGUGUGAUGAUGGGGCCAGAGGAAGCAAACGAAUAGGAAAUGUGGCUCAGGGACUCCAAAGAGCAAUAAUUUUGCAGACUUACAAAACU